AUGUUAAAAUUAUUUAUUUUGCUUUUCGCCUUGCUCGCUCCGGCACGACCUUAUUUGCUACCCAAAAGGCGUUCGCAGCCUCAAACGACCACCGCUCAAGUAUAUUUCCCUCCGGAGUUGAGACGUAAAGGGCAAAAGGCAUUAAUAGAUUUGAAAAUUCCCAACAAGCUGUUCUGUGCGGAGAUGCAACUGCAACCCUCGAGGCAGUACAUGGUGCUGCCCUGGUGGUACAAUUACUGUCAACAGUUCGAAGAGAUGAAGGAGAAAAAGUACAUGAACAGCGUUUACUAUUUACCAACGUACAGGAAUAUUUUGAAUCGUGUUAAAGUUUAUAAGAAUUUGAAACGUUUGAGCGAUCAGAAAAUGAGAGAUUUGCAGCGUUUCGAAAUGAAAAAUUUAUUAUAG